AUGGCCAUCCCUUUCAUUGGGCGAUUGAACAUCGUCGAAUAUGUAGCUCUAGUGGGGUCGUUCCUCCUUGUCGGGCUCGAGGCUCUCAUCCGUAUCCUGACCUUGGCUCUGCCUUCGCCGCUCAUCUCGCUCUUUUAUAGAGCUUCCCGUCGCUUGUUUAACCGAUUUUCGACGCCGGAACAGAAGCGCGCCGAGCAGAAAAAGAAAUCCAUCUCCACGUCCGUGAGAGACGCCUCCGACUUUGUGGACCUUUGCCGCUUGUACGGAUAUGAAGCCGAGGAGCAUGUCCUCCAGACCAAGGAUGGCUACUUGCUCGGCCUGCACCGGCUGGCAUGGAAGAAGGGUGAGGAAGAACAAAAGGUCAACAACGGACCGGGAAGCUUGAGAAAGAAGGUCUUGUACCUUCACCAUGGGCUCCUCAUGAAUUCAGAGGUGUGGGUCUGCUUGACCGAUGAGCAGCGAUGUCUUCCUUUCGUGCUCGUCGAGAAGGGAUACGAUGUUUGGCUUGGCAACAACCGCGGCAACAAGUACUCGAAGAAGUCGGUGCAUCAUUCCCCCAAGUCGACUGAGUUUUGGAACUUUUCAAUCGACGAGUUUGCGUUCCACGACAUCCCAGACAGCAUCUCCUACAUCCUGGAGACGACUUUGCAGGAGAGCUUGUCAUACAUUGGAUUUUCUCAAGGAACCGCGCAGGCUUUCGCCACCCUUGCUAUCCACCCGAAGCUGAACCAGCAGGUCAAUGUCUUCAUUGCCUUGGCACCAGCCAUGUCGCCAGCAGGUCUUUUCAAUGGGAUUGUCGACGCUCUGAUCAAAGCCUCUCCUCAGGUGCUGUUCCUCCUCUUCGGCCGCCGAUCCAUUCUCAGCUCCGCCACCAUGUGGCAGUCCAUUCUUUACCCGCCCAUCUUUGUCAGACUCAUUGAUAUCGGUCUUGCCUUUUUAUUCAAUUGGCAGACGAAGAAUAUCACCCUCAGCCAAAAGCUAGCAGCCUACCCUCACCUUUACUCGUUCACCAGCACAAAGAGUGUGGUUCACUGGUUCCAGAUCAUCCGGAAUAAGUCGUUCCAAAUGUUCGACGACGACGUCCACCCGCCCAUGUCGAUUAGCUCUUCGAGCAAGUACACCAAGGUCGCAAAGUACCCCACACGGAACAUUAAGACGCCCAUCGUUCUUGUUUAUGGCGGCAAGGAUUCGUUGGUCGACAUCAAAGUGAUGCUCAAGGAACUUCCGUCCCAGACAAUAGCCACCGAGAUCCCCCACUAUGAGCAUCUCGACUUUCUCUGGGGUAAAGAUAACAAUGUUCAGGUGUUUCCUCAUGUCUUUGAUGCACUCGACAGUUUUACCGAUGCUCAACACACCAAGGAGGAAUAUGAUCGGUACCAGCUGGCGAGACAAGAAAGUCUCAUGGGUUCUGGUAACGCGUAUAGAAAGUACGCAUAUAGGGAUAGCGAUGUUUCUGGCGAUGUCUCUGCUAGUGACGCUUCGAACGCCGUGGACGAGCGCCAAAAUGGCAACGGUGUCGACACUGUGGAGACCCCCGUUUCUCAAACCAAGACUCGGGACCGACCGUCCGGAAUUCCUUCCCCGUAUAACACCACCCGCCUGCGCACUCCCUACUCCCAAGUUGCAGCCGAUGACGAGCCACCAUCGCCCUCUCCAGAUAGACCUUCAAGCCGCGCAGCCGAGGGAGAAGAGAGACCGGACAGCUCGUUGGAUACUCGCGAGUCGCCGACAUCCAAGCUCAAGGGCAUUGGCGUCCGUCGCGGAAGCGGAGGCAGCCAUUUGAGCCUUGAUAGCAUGCGCGAGGGACGGGGGAUCAGUCUGGGAACGAGUAAGGCUCUGGGCGGCGUAGUCACCAAGAAUCCUUUUGACGCCAAGGGGCUUGCAAAUGUGGUCCCUGAUGAGAAUAAGAAUGGUGGAAAGAAAAAGAAGCGCGUGACGGUUGCGCCGUAG